AGGGAGACAGGGAGAGGAGUUGUCCGCUUCUCUUCUCGGAUCUCUCUUUUUUCAGUUUGGUGCUGAGGUGAAUGGGUUCGACGGAGAUCGCCCGUCCCGAUGUUCCAUCUUUCUACGAGACCGAGAUCAGCUGGGACAAGUAAAGCGUCUCGUCCUCUCUCUAUGUUUCCUUUCAAGAUUCGUGCAUUAUUGGUACUCUUGAACAUUGCGUCUGAUUCUUCCUUUAAUUCUUGGAAAUGUGGGUAAGUCAAUUCUGGUUGUUGUUCUUGUUCGUCUUUACGCGCGCAGGAUUGGCUUUUUUAUGACGUUCUUGGAUUUUAGCUAGCAUUAACUCGAGGCUUACUUAUCAAGAUUUGAUGUUUCUUUCGAGUUUUGACCUUUUUAGGUGUUCCUGGACAUUGCCUACCGUUAACUCGACGAUUUCUUAUCUGUUGGGUCAACGCUCGUUGCUUGUACUCAAGUUGUCGGCUUGACAAAACCAAGUUCUAUGUUGUAGGAGCUGGAAUUUUCAGUGGUGUUACUCUGGCACUAUAUCCACUCUCUGUCAUAAAGACCAGGAUGCAGGUUGCUUCAAAGGAUGCUGUGCAGAAGAAUGUAUUUUCGGCUUUCAGAAAUAUUGUAAAGGUUGAUGGCAUCCCUGGUCUUUACAGGGGUUUCGGCACAGUUAUAACUGGAGCUGUUCCUGCCAGGAUUGUUUUCCUCACUUCUUUGGAAAUGACGAAAGAGGCUUCAUUAAAGCUGGUGGAACCAUUUAAACUUUCUGAACCAGUUCAAGCUGCCAUAGCAAAUGGCAUUGCUGGCAUGUCAGGAUCUCUAUGCUCCCAGGCCGUGUUUGUUCCUCUUGAUGUGGUUAGCCAAAAGUUGAUGGUACAAGGGUACUCUGGUUUUGCAAAGUAUAAUGGUGGAUUUGACGUUGUUCAUAGAAUUAUCAAGUCUGAUGGAGUCUGGGGACUAUACAGAGGAUUUGGCCUGUCUGUUAUGACAUAUCCUCCUUCUAGUGCUGUAUGGUGGGCAAGUUAUGGAUCCAGCCAACAUAUUAUCUGGAAGCUCCUAGGUCGUGGAAAUGAGAAGAAAAAUGUAUCUAGUCAGUGGAAUAUAGUCUAUGCUCAAGCAGCCAGUGGUGUUGUAGCAGGUGCUGUGACAUCUUGUGUCACAACCCCUCUUGACACAAUUAAGACUCGAUUGCAGGUCAUGGACACUACCGAGAAACGAGAUGUAGGACAAGUUAUGAAAAGAUUGAUUGCUGAAGAUGGAUGGAGAGGGUUAUACAGAGGAUUAGGCCCAAGGUUUGCGAGCAUGUCGGCAUGGGGCACAACAAUGAUUGUGGCAUACGAAUAUUUGAAGAGGCUUUGCGCUGUAAGUGAAAGAGAUUUGAGCGGUUGACUUCAGCAAUAACAGUAUUGAAUUCACGCAAGAGAGAUGGAGAUCGGCGAUGAAGCAGCUGACUCCCAUCGCCUGCGGAUGACUCGUUAAUCGACACCUGGCGAUCCCUUCUUCUGCCUGUAUUACUAACAGUUUAUGACUAAAGAUGGAACACAAAUACAACAAAAGAAUGCACCAUUCCGUCGGCA